AUGUCGGAGGCCGACGACACGUCUGCGGACCCCAUUACUGACACAGAGAAAUCAUCUGUAGCAACAAUACCCCCAGAAUCUAAAUCUCCCUUAAUAGUACAAAUAGUACAAGAGGAAAGUAAUGGUCAAUUUAAGGAAUCUGUAGACCCAAUAAAUGUUCUGCCUUCGAUCCGGCAGAGUGGAUCAAGUAAUAGACCUUUGAUCCGCUAUACUAAGGAGCAAUUACUGGCACUACGUGAAAGCCCCUUGGUCAAAAAACCGGAUAGAUUACCAUCGAUGAAUACUUGGUACGGGGAGAUAAUAAAGAAAGAUAAUAAAAAAACCACAGUUGACAGUAGCACUUUGGAUAAUGAUAAGAGCAAACAAUCUAAUUAUAAUCUCGGAGAUGGGUCGAACAAAACAAAAGAUGAUGCAAACACAUUAGGGAUUCCGAAAAGUCCAUUGUUAACUGUUCAAAAAAGUCCCGGAAGCUCGGCACCAACUUCUCCAAAACCAUCAGAUAAGAUUGUGCUAGGUCCCCCCAAAAUGAAUUUCGCUUCAUCCUCCAUAGGAGGACUUAAAAUAGCGGAAGAUAAAUCAGCUGCAGUUCCUUCUAGAGCUGCCAGAACUGAUGGCAUACGCCAACGCCAAGGAGAAGAAAACGGUUCGUUGUUAAGGUCAACCGGUAAGGAUUUUGAACCUCGAGCCCCCCGCGGCCCUACUGGUGGUCGUGGAUUUGUUGGAAGAGAGAAUUUACGACAGAAAUUAAUGUCAGAUAAGUCAUCAAAAGAUAUCAAUGAAUCAAGAGACGCGAGAGAUAUGCGAGAAAUGAGAGAUACGAGUACGUUAUCAAACGGUGCUCAUCAUUCUCGCAUGACAGGAUCUUCUUUACGUACACAAGACUUACCACGAGGCAAUCGAAGAGAACAUUCUGGCGUUGGUGGUAAAGAAAAUCUGGUCAAAUCUGAAACAACAGAAAAAGGUAGGGCACGAAGUGUUUCUCGAGCCGAUAGUAGUAUAUCUUGGCGAGCUGAGAAUAAAUAUAUCGUUGGAUCAGACGAGGAUUCUGUCAAUAAUAUCUCUCUUGAAAUUAAAGAGAGUAGUAAUAAAGAAAAACAACUUACCGGAUUCGAAGUAGAGCAACCGUCAAAUGUAGAUCAGUUAUUCGGACGCAGUGGAAUUGAUUUAGAGCUUGGUUCUUCUGAUGCAUUUGAUAAAUUUUAUAAAGAACAUAAACUUGCAAUGAUUGGGGGAGAUGCAGCAACUGAGAUUCCUGCUAUUGGAGGUGGACGAAAGAACGAAUAUGGCGCUCGUGAGCAGCCAACAUCUCGCUUUGCUAAAUUCUUUAAUCACAAUGAAGACGAAAAUCUUAAUGCGGAACGGAAUGUGAAUGAAAAAUCUAAAGGAAUUUCUUUAAUAUCACAAAAUCAUUCUUCUACAAAUGAAUUAUUACAUUCCGCUCCAAUCUCGCUUGACGCUCUCUUUCAAAGCCAAGUCAAUGUCACAACAGCAUCUCCUCGUGCCAUACCUAAUGAUGGGAAACGUAUGCUUUCAGAGGCUGAAGUAUUACAAUCACUUGGAGCAAAAACCACUGUUUCCAAGAAUGAUUAUAAUGAACAGAAUCCUGAAGAUGUGAUGGGUUUCAACAAAAUUUUAGCAGCCUUGGCAAAAGGAAAUUCUUCGGAGACUCAAAGACAGUACACAUCACCAAAUGCGCCGACAGGAAUAGGUUCAUCAAUUCAAUCGCUUUCAAACGAACCUUUAUCUCAUGCUACUGGGAUUCCAUUCAAUGAUCCAUCUAUAAUCAUGGCACAGAAGCAUCAUACUCAUACUAAAGGCAUGCAACAACAAUCGAAAUAUGAGCCCAUUCAUAGACAGAUGAGUGUUGGUGGCGUGCCAGACAUGAAUGCUUCUGACUCCGCCAAAAAGUUGAAUAUGCUUUUUGGAAACAAUGUGCCCACCUCUGUGUAUCGUCAACUGAGUACAAAAUCCGAUGGAGGCUCUAGAGAAUCAUCGGCAUCGUCUUCACCUGCAUUGAAGUUAAAACCAAUCAUUUCGAAUUAUCCUCACUCACCAAAUAUACCACAGCCUGCAAAUUUGCAAGAUCAUCAUCAUCUACCUCAAUAUAAAUCAUCGCCUCGACCUCGCUCACCCAUCCUUUCUCAGCAACAGGGACUUGACCCCUCACAUUAUCAUAAUUUCAUGUCUUCAUAUUCAAACAACCUUAAUGUUCAUCAGCAUACUCAUGCUCACCCUGAAUUUCCACCUCUUCCUCCACUCGGACGAAACAUCCCUGUUGAGCAACUAUUUGGAAUGAUCCCUUCACGUAAUCCUCCCCAACAGAUUCAUCCACAAUAUCAACAAGCUCCCCCGCAAAUACCCUUUGGCUAUCAGCAGCAUCAGGCUGAUCGUUACCAGCAACAACUUCCUUUUUCUGGACAUCAGAUUCCACAACAAUUUUCUGUUCAUCCGCAUCAUGCGAUACUACCACCUAGCACUGAGACGGCUCUUUUUGCAAAUAUGCAUGGCUAUGCUCAGUUCAUACCGAAUUUGGUAAACAAUGCCAUUGCACCUAACAAUAUUACAGGCUUGCCUCCAAAUAACAACUUGCAACAACGUGGUAUGACGUCGUUGGAAGAAAUUGAAAGGCGAGGAGGUUUGGGUGGUCGCUAA